UUUGCUUGGGGAGGACUAUUAAAGACCAGGCGUCACAGCCCGUCGCGUCACAUUGUCACAUAAUCACACAUGUCUGUAACGCUCCAUACAAGCCACGGCGAGCUCAAGAUCGAAAUAUUCUGCGAGGCUGUCCCGAAAGCAGCAGAGAACUUUCUUGCGCUGUGCGCUUCGAAUUACUAUGAUGAUUGCAUAUUUCACCGCAACAUCAAAGGGUUCAUGGUCCAGACGGGCGACCCUUCUGGCUCAGGAAAAGGUGGCCAAAGCAUAUGGGGGAAACCCUUUGAAGACGAGUUGCGGUCCACGUUGAAGUUUAACAAUCGUGGUAUGGUUGCCAUGGCAAACUCCGGCCCCGACUCGAACAAGUCGCAAUUCUUCAUAACCUAUGCAAAACAGCCUCAUCUGGACAACAAAUAUACGAUUUUUGGCAAGGUCAUUGAUGGUGCAGACUCCGCACUUGACGCUAUGGAACGCGUCCCUGUGAAUCAUAAGAAUAGACCGCUCUCCGAGAUCAAACUGACUCAUGUGACCGUGCAUUCGAAUCCCAUUGCGGACGCUCUGUUAGUUCAACGUUGA